AUGGCAGCCCUGCCCGAGAGCUGCGUGGACGCUACCGUCCUGGACUUCGUCGCAGACCUAUCCCUAGCCUCCCCGGGGCACCCUCUCCUCUGCGACCUGACACCUAGGGUCCCCUUUGGGAACCACCAGGACCUUGUGCUCCGAGACGGAAGACCCCGGAGUCUGGCGCGUUUUGAGGAAGAGGACCCAGAAGAAGAGGAGGGGGAAGGAGAAGAGGGGGAAAACGAGGAGGAAGAGGAGCCCGGGAGAGGCGUCUCCCUGCUGGGCCGCCCCAAGAGGAAAAGGGUGAUCACCUACGCCCAGCGCCAAGCCGCCAACAUCCGCGAGAGGAAGCGGAUGUUCAACCUCAACGAGGCCUUCGAUCAGCUGCGGAGGAAGGUGCCCACUUUUGCUUACGAGAAGAGGCUGUCCCGGAUCGAGACUCUACGCCUGGCCAUUGUCUACAUCUCCUUCAUGACCGAGCUCUUGGAGAGCUUGGAGAAGGACACCGACUGA